AGCCACCUGUAGGUAACAUGUAGUGGUAUUGUCUUUGACACUUUGGUAGGUUUGUAAGAUUUUGGCACCUUUUUUUUUUUUUCUUUACCUCUACAGGUCCCCCUACUCCCUUUAUCUGCCAGAGAUUAGACCAAAUGAGAAUGAACUCUGCUCAGAGGAGGGGUGUAGACUUGGGCGUGGCUCAUUCUCUUAGCCAAUGGCAGUCUUGUAUGUGGGCCGGGACUUACCUGAACCAGCUGUUGUGUUUCCCGCUCUCUGAGCCUCGGUGUGCCUGGCUGUUCAGUGGUACUUUGCUGCAUGGGUUAGAGGCUGCACUGAGAGGAGGUCAUCAAGCGGAGUCUUUGCUGGCUGGGGCUCCUGUUGCACUGCAGCUCUACUCCACGCUGCUUGGCGCCAUACAGGGUUCCGUUUUCCAGAACCAGUCUGCCCAACACAAUGCGCCAUUUCCAGCAGCAGGACCCAGCAGGCAGAGAGGGCAGGGUAGAGGGCAGGGUAGAGGGCAGCGUGGUACUGGUGGUAGAGGGAGGCAUAACAGGCGUGGAGAGGGACACGCUGGUGGUUUGUAUAACAGGUUUGGUAUGCUCACCUGUGAGGAUGAGUUGGAUCAGUACUGAAAAGCGGGAAGGAAGUAGUUAAAGGGGAGGUUUAAUGAAAAACAACAACACUUUUGUGUUUGUUAUUUAACAUACCUCCAUACCAACCAGUUUAAACAUACACACGUAAUGCCUUUUAACUUUGUACGUAGUAUGGAUUCAUAAACAUGAACAAAGAUAUGUUUAAAAUAUGUACAAAAAUGAUAACGGCUCUAUAUACAGCAGUUAUUUCCGGUCCUCUGAUCUGAUUGGACGGGAGGGGUUCUGAGAGCGCUGAUAUUCAGUAGAACAGCACCGGGACGUGUCACUGUGUGUAUUCCUCCACUCGUCUGUGUUCACUACAUACACGUUAACACUUCUAGCAGUAGUUCAUUACACUGCAACUCCUCACUACUGUACACUUACUACGGGCUGUCAGUCAAUCUGUGCGUUACCAUGGCAACACGUAACGCUCUAUCCAGCUGUGGCUGAAUCACUAUAACAGCACUCUUGAUCAUGAGAUAUUAAUUAUAUACAUAUACUCUAUAGCCAAAAGUAUGUGGACACUUAAUAAUCUCAUCCACAUGUGCUCACUGUAAAACCAUGGGCAUUAACACAGAUUUAUUCCCCCUUUGCAGUUAUAAUAACCUCCAGUCAUGUUGGCUGGAUCAUUAAACGCAGCAGGUUCUCGGUGGAUGAUUACAAACAGGAAUGUCGAGCUGUAAACCUCCCCUUUAAGUAGAACAUGGCAGAGGACUAUAAGAGAAGCAUGGACGUAAAAGUUUCCUAAUGAAUUCAUUCCGUUUAUAAGAUUUUAUUCAACGUUCUAGACGAUAUAUAUAUAU